CUGAACCGCAUCCUGCAGCUGUUCCUGCAGCACAGCUUCAUAAGAGUCCGGGUGCCGAACCUGCAGUCCAGACCUUUGACCUCUGAACCCAAAACAGGACAAAGCCCCAGGACUGCUGAGCAGCUGGAAUCCUCUACCACACAGAACAGGACCACAUUCCCAAAGUCCAGCAGUCUCCUCACUUCCAGAUGUUUACGGCCUGAUGUUAAAGCAGAGGAUGCUGCACAGCUGGAAACCCUGUAACAGCUUCACACUUCAUUGUUGCGCAGCUGAAGCCGCAAUAAAUCACGCAGAGUGGAGCUGCCUCUGUGGGCGUUUCUUCUUCUUCUCACUAUUAAACUGCAGACUGAGGGGGGGACCCUGUGAGACCGCCUCCGACCCUCCGCCGGACACUGCGCCCUCUGACCGCUGUGGAUCUGGACCGAGCCGGACUGAGCCGAACCGUCCUGUUUUCCCGUUGUGACCUCGUCACCAUGAGUCUGAGUGCUAACGAGCUCUCUGAGCUCAUUGAGCUGUGGGAGGAGCUUAACCUGACCGCCGCUGACAACCUGUCCCAUGUGGAAGCGCUGCGGUGUUCAGGUGCUGUCAGCCACACCGCCCUCCUCCACACUCUCUCCAUCCUCUACAUCUUCAUCUUCCUGGUGGGCCUCGCCGCCAACACCCUGGUGGUCUGGGUCAACCUGCGAUCUGACAGGAACCGCUACGAGAUACACCUGUACAUCCUGAACCUGGCCGUGGCCGACCUAUGCGUCGUGGCCACGCUACCGAUCUGGGUGGCCUCGCUGCUUAAAGGCGGCCGCUGGCCAUUUGGAGAAUCAGUCUGUAAACUUACCCACCUGGUCUUCAGCGUCAACCUCUUCAGCAGCAUCUUCUUCCUUGCCUGCAUGAGUGUUGACCGCUACCUGUCUGUCACGGUGUUCGCCGAUGCCCCCGACAGCCGCAGGAAGAAGAUGGUGCGUCGGUUGACCUGUAUUCUAGUUUGGGUGAUGGCGCUGGUGGCGUCCAUCCCCGACACCUACUUCCUGCAGGUGGUGAAGUCAGCACACUACGAUGGCACCAUCUGCCGGCCGGUGUACCCAUCCAGCAACCCCAAGGAAUGGAUGGUGGGCAUCCAGCUGAGCUUCUCUGUGCUCGGCUUCGCCAUCCCCUUCCCUGUCAUCGCCAUCUUCUACCUGCUCCUGGCAGCGGCCAUCCCUCCCACCCCAGACCAGGAGCGGCGCGUCAGCCGGCGGAUCAUCCUCACCUACAUCGUGGUCUUUCUGGUGUGCUGGCUGCCUUUCCACGCCGUCCUCCUGUUGGACACUCUGUCUCUGCUAAAUGUCCUGCCCUUCAGCUGCUGGCUGGAGAACUUCCUGGACAUAUCGCUGCACCUGACGCAGUGCUUCUCGCUGGUUCACUGCUGCAUCAACCCCAUCCUCUACAACUUCCUGAACAGGAACUACCGCUAUGACCUCAUGAAAGCCUUCAUCUUCAAAUACUCCACCAAGACUGGGCUCACUAGGCUCAUGGAUGCCUCACAUGUCUCAGAGACCGAGUACUCUGCUAUGACGAUGGACAGCAACAUCCCGAUGUAAACUUCAAAAGGACAUUUAAACAUUUGUAAAUAUCUUCUACCUGUUGCUGUUAGUGGCAGGUCUUUAGGCUUUUAAGGACUUGGAAAAGACAUUUCAGGAAACUGUCCCAACAACCUUUUUUGGAGUAACCCUGCGGUACCUUUUGGACUUUCUAAUAUGUGCAAACCAUUAUGUGUAUUUACCUAGAACUCAUAAGACUCAAAAACACCUUUUUGAGACAUUCUAAAAUCUCUGACAUCAUCUUCUUACUGGUGGUGAUGAUUCCAGCUAAUGUGGACCAGAACUAGAAGAUCAGCCCCAAGAUUAUCCUCAGCUUUGUCCUGGUGUUUCAGGCAUGCUGAGGACUUAGAUCUUUGAGGACUUACAGGUUCUGCAUACUUUGAGUUUUGGGAAUUCUUCUUAUGACAGAACGACCACCCAAAGUGGGAUGAAUUGAGUCAUGUGUAAUCGAUCAGCCACUGACAGAAAGACGAUCUGACUAUCAGCUAAUCAUCAGAAAGACUUCUUCAGGCUCUGCUGUUUAUCUCACCUGACUGAGAUGUUACAGGUGAACUUUACCUGUUUCUGACACUACUGUACAGACACUACAUGUUUAAAUACUCCACUAUGUUAUACUGUUAAAAUUAUAUUGUCUUACAUUUAUUAUAGUUGUAUUAUGUAGAAAAUGAACAAAUGAUCAGACAUCAGCAGAUCAGUUUUAAAGGUUAGGACAGCUUCUUGAGCCUGAAUCAGAUCUUUCAGCACCAAACUAGACAGAGUGUCCACAAACUUUGGGUCACGUUUGGCCUGACAGUCAGAGCUGAGGGCUGAAACUCACCCAGAGGGCAAAUUGAGGGGCCUGAAACCCAGUGACCCUGGAUUUGAAAUUAAUCAGGGCUGUAAAGAUGAUGGAGGGAAACAUUUCUGGCCUUCAGAGAUGCCUCUGCGGUCUGUGGAUGUGUUUCUGUUCAACAGGCUGGAAGCUGUUAAAGGGGAAAUCUGUGUUUAAAGCAGCUAAUGAUGCACAAACAUCACAUCAGGAACAAAGUAUGAAGAAACAUUUUCUGUCUUUGGCAGAAAUUCGUGUUUUCUUUCACAUUUGUGCCAAAAAAAAAAGGAAACUUAAUUUUUAAACAGAAACAGAAAGCAUAUCAGCACAUCUGCAAUCUCCCUGCUGUCAGUCAGAAGGUCAGGCCCUCUUGUUUAAUGUCUACAUUGUAGCUCCUGCACCAGAAUAAAUCUGAGGUUUGGUCAGACCAGAGACUUUUAGCUCGAGUUUCCUCUGAUCUGAUCUCUUGCUUGUUUCUUGUUACUGUGUGAGCU